CGUACAGCACAGCACAGCACCCAAACCGUGAAAACAUUGUUCUACUAAGUAUUAAAGGUCUGAGCCGCACCAUCAAUCCAUCAUGAUAUGCACCAACGCCAUACUUCCCAACGAUGGCACUCGAGAGAGUCGCCCAACCGCUGUGGGUGGUGACCACGACCGUCACCCUGCUGUUUGUCUUUUCGUCUUUUCUCCUCAACUACAAAUCCAAGACGCACGUCAAGCCUUCAGUCUUACGCAAAACAGCUCUGCGCGUGAUCAUCUUUCAGUGCAUAUCGGCUUCUUACAUCUCAGAAGUGAUCAUCCUCUCUGGCCAGCGUCAUGGACCUGAUCCAACUCCCGACCAUAUCUUCGCAGCAGUGACCACUGCCUCGGCAUGGGCUACAACCUGCCUCCGCAAGGAUAUCCUCGUCGCAGAAGCUACUGGUCUCAGCGUGAUUGCCCUCCUUUUUGGCAUUCCUGGUCUGGCUCUCGAUGCCAUUGCCCUAGAUCGCCAUGCAGUGCACCGAACCCUGAUCAUCCUGGAGUCCGUCCGAUUACUCUUGGUUAGCGGUGUGCUUGCGAACUGUCUAUUCCACACCCGUUCACAAAGAAGUCCUCUCAAGAGCGAGGAAGACGAGGAUAUGAUACCGUGUCUGGGCGAAGCCAAUGGCCAUUCCGCACCCAGCCCGAUCUCCUACGGCACCACACGGACAGAUGACCUCGAAUCAUCCUGCAGUACAGACGAAAGCGUUUCAGAAAUCUCCGACGACGAGGAGGAGUCCGACGAGUCCGACGAGUCUCGCACCAGCCAGCUCCGCAAGACCGGCAGCUGGAUAGCAUACCUCCAGAACUUCAAGAUCUUCCUCCCGUUCCUGAUCCCCCGGAAGGAUCGCAAGGUGCAGGCCUGCCUCCUGGUCUGCAUCCUGUGCCUCAUCGCCGACCGCGUGCUGAACGUCCUGGUGCCCCGCCAGCUGGGCAUCGUCGCAGACAAGCUCUUCGCCCGGGAGUCGCCGACCACGGAGCUGGGGGUCUACAUCGCGCUCAGCCUCCUGCACGGCCAGUCGGGCGUGGAGCUGGCCCUCGCGCUCGCGAAGAUCCCGAUCAAGCAGUUCUCGUACCGGCAGCUGACGACGACCGCGUUCAGCCACGUCAUGGACCUGGGCAUGGACUUCCACUCGGACCGCGACUCGGCCGAGGUGAUGAAGGCGAUGGAGCAAGGCGAGGCGCUGACCAACCUGCUGGAGGUGGCGCUGCUCGAGAUCGCGCUCGCCGUGCUCGACACCGCCGUGGCCUUCGUCUUCCUGUAUCGCAAGUUCACCUCAACCGCGGCGCUGAGCAUGCUCGUCGCGACGCUGGCCUUCACGACCGUCGAGGUCAUCACCGCCGACUGGAACGUCGACAACCGACGGCGGCAGACGCGCGCCGAGCGCGCCGAGGCCCGCGUCCUGCACCAGGCCAUCCAGGGCUGGCCGACGGUGUUCAUCUUCAACAUGUUCCACCACGAGCGCGCGCGCUUUGGGGGCGCCGUCGACCGACAUCUGCGCGCCACGCGCGCCUGGUCGCAGCGCGACGCCUACACCACCGCCCUGACCGAGGCCUUCUUCCCGGCCACCUUCGCCCUGCUGGCCACCCUCGUCGCCCGCGAGGUCCAGGCCGGCCGCGCCUCGCCCGGCGACUUUGUCUUCCUGGUCCAGUACUGGGACUACCUGAUCUGGCCGAUCAAGUAUCUCUCCAAGGAGUACCGAUGGCUGGUCUCGGAGGUCGUCAGCGCCGAGCGGCUGCUCGAUCUCCUCCUCACCACGCCCAGCGUCACCGAUGCCCCAGACGCCAUCGCCCUCAGCCCGGCAACAGUCGAAGGCCGCGUCGAGUUUAAAAACGUCAACUUCUCCUACACGCCCCAGCACAACCAGCCCCAACACCACCUAAACCACGACCCCCAAACCCUGAAAAACAUAACCCUAACCGCCACGCCCGGCCAGACAAUCGCCCUCGUCGGCGCCACCGGCGCCGGCAAAUCCAGCCUCACGAAACUCCUCCUGCGGGCCUACGACCUGUCUUCAGGUAGAAUAACCCUCGACACGCACGACAUCCGCUCCCUCACGCAAUCCUCCCUCCGCAGCGCAAUCGGCGUGGUCCCGCAGACCCCGCUGCUCUUCAACACGUCGGUCCUUGAAAACCUGCGGUACGCGCGGCGCUCCGCCAGCAUCCUGGAGAUCCACGCUGCGUGUCGCUCCGCCGCUAUCCACGAGAAGAUCCUCUCGUUUCCGCGGGGCUACGCUACGAAGGUCGGCGAACAGGGGGUCAAGUUGUCUGGCGGCGAGGUGCAGCGGUUGGCGAUCGCGAGGGUGCUGCUCAAGGAUCCGGCGGUGCUCGUGCUGGAUGAGGCGACGAGUGCCGUGGAUACGGAGACGGAGGGGGCGGUGCAGCGGGCUUUGUUUGCAGCGGAUGAUAGUGGAAGUGGAAGUGGGAACAGGAAAAAGAGGACGACGUUUGUGAUUGCGCAUCGGCUGUCGACGGUGGUGCGCGCGGAUUUGAUUUGCGUGUUGCAUGAGGGGAGGGUUGUGGAGCGGGGGACCCAUGAAGGGUUGUUGAAAGAGAGGGGGAGGUAUUUUGGGCUUUGGCAGAGGCAAUUGAUCAGGGAGGAGGAGGGGCAAGAGGUGUCUUUGGGGGAGGUUGAUGGGGAUUAGGUGUCUUAGGUUAGGGCCUGUUUGGCGUUAUCUUAGUCGGAUGCUUUUGCUAUACCAUUUUUCUCUGCGAUAGAGUUUUAUUUACGGUCAUUCAGCGGAUCAUAAAUCAUGCAUAAUCAUCAAAUCAUCAAAUCAUCAAACGCAAACAAACCAUCUAGCUACGGCGAAACAAUCAACGCG